AUUCAAAGACAUAAUACUAUUAUCCCUGAUUUACGUACGUUGUCCGUAAAUGAAAAUAAAAUAGGUCAACAGGUGUCAAUGUCAGCUGUCAAACACCUUUUGCCAGACGUUUUCAUGUGGCUGUGUUUUGGUGAAGUGGCUUGCUUGGCGUUACGAAAUCUGAGAAAUUGUACUAAAACGUUUAUGAUUUGAGUUUUCCACAUCAUUUAUAGGGAGAACUUUUGGUAUUCCAAGUAAUCAGUGAAACAAAGUAAGUGAUGAGGCAAAUCUUUUGCCUCCGAAUAGCCAGUAGAGUUCUGACCGCCACAAUGAGAAGCCACACAUAUUUUGACUCCUUGGGCUCCCCCAGCAUCAUGGCCCAAAUCCUCAAUGGAAACGCCAUAGCUAAAGAUGUAAAGGACGAGUUGAUCGUGAAAAUUCAAAAAUGGGUUGCGGAGGGACACCGACCACCAUCUCUGAAGUGCAUCAUUGUUGGCGACGAUCCAGCAAGCCACACUUAUGUCCGAAACAAAGUUACAGCCGCAAAGUACUGCGGUAUUGAUGCUGAAACUAUACGAUUGGAUAGUGAUAUUACUGAAGAGUUUUUACUGCACAAGAUAAAUGAACUUAAUAACAGUAAUGAAGUAGAUGGUAUACUCAUACAGUUGCCAGUUCCGGAUACAAUGGAUGAGAGGAAAAUUUGCAAUGCGGUGUCUCCGAAAAAGGAUGUGGACGGCUUUCAUAUCAUCAAUGUAGGGCAACUGUGCUUGGAUAUGCCUACUAUUGUGCCUGCCACAGCUCUUGGUGUUGUGGAAUUGCUUAAAAGAGCGAAAAUCGAGACACACGGUCGGGACGCUGUUGUGAUUGGUCGAUCGAAGAAUGUGGGCAUGCCGAUAGCAAUGAUGCUCCAUACCGACAAGAGGCAUGAAAGUGGCCUCGGCAUGGACGCCACAGUCACUAUCUGCCACAGACAUACACCCAGGGCGAAACUGGAGAACUAUUGUCGGAAUGCUGACAUCAUUAUUAGUGCUACAGGUAUCCCUAACCUAAUUAAAGCGGAUAUGGUGAAACCCGGUGCCACGGUCGUAGAUGUCGGUAUUACAAGAAUUACAAAUGCCGAAGGGAAAAACAAGUUAGUUGGCGACGUUGAUUAUGAAGAAGUCGUAAAAGUCGCCGGUGCUAUAACACCCGUUCCCGGCGGCGUGGGACCCAUGACGGUAGCCAUGUUGAUGCAGAACACCUUCCAAGCGGCCAAGAUGCUUCGUGACAAGACAACUGUCCUGCAGUGAGUUAUUUCUGAAGGCUCUGUCUAUUUCGGGACCAAGUUAAAAUUUUAUAACAAAUAUCUGAAUAUUUGGAGGGUUAAGUGCCCGUCUGAGACAUUUAAUUGAAUUUUAUUUGGCAUAAAAAUAGUUAUUGACAGAGGUAUUAUUUUUUUUUUUAUUUCACGCAUAGAAACUGUUGGCUUUAAUCCAUAAUCAAAUAUAUGUAUAUGAUAUUUUAUACUUUUACUUACUUAUAUAAAUGGUGAAGUAAAUAAUAUUUUUUGAAAAUAAGCUUGGUCGGAAUAAAGUUUAUAGAAUUUUUUCAAUGGUGAAAUAAUGUCGGUUAAUAGGGUCUUAAUUUGAAUAAUUAAAUUAGAAUCUUUGUUCAAGUCGAACUCUUAAAACUUAGCCUCGCUGGGAGUAAAUAAAACCGAAUUUAUUUCAAUGUUGCCAGGAUGUUGAUUUAAUUGUUUUGACAGCAACAGGAAAAACUUAUUGCCAGUCUCAUAUACUUCAAAAUUAAACACUAGAAUUUCACCAAUAAAAGAUUGCAGUAGGCUGGUUCUAUGCAUUUAUGAGAAUAAUGUACAGUCAACGGCAGAGAAACGUGAUCCCAAAGGUUUUGGAAACUAAACGAGGUGGAGUCAUGUUUCCCUGUAUGCACUUGUAUUUUUGCAAUACUUGUUUAGGUACUAAGUAGUACUAAGUAUAUCUGUUCAAAUGGACUUCCAUUAUAAAUUCGAAUAGUUUUAUUGUGAAUUAAUGCCCAUACAUUUGUUUGUAAUUACAUUUCAUGAAGCAGCGUGAACAUUUAAAAAGGAUAAUUAUAAAGUAAAAUAUAAGCUUUAAUGUUUUCCGUAAAGCUAUUUUUUACUUUGAAAAUUGUAAUAAUCAAUUGAAUAUAAUAAUAUUUUUUCCUAAUUAAAAGUAUGUAGCGAAAAUUAUUAUAAUAUAGAUCUUAUGAAAAGUAUUAUAGGUUUAGUUUAUAUCUUUAUUGUUAUUUGUAUUACAUACGAGUGUUACUUUAAGUCUUCUUUUCAAGUUUGGCUGUGAAAGCGAGCAUUUUCUAUCUUUUAAGGACGUAUUAAAAUUGGUGACAUAAUAUUCUAUGAAUCAACAACUUCAUUGAGUGAGGUCAUUGCCUUAUUAAGUAAAAUGUGUGUAGUGUAGGACAGUAUAUAGAUAAAAUACAUACAAUUGAUAUGUCAAUUUCAAAGUACGUCCUUGAAAAAUAAUUUCUUUAUAUUUUAGAUACUUAUAUUUAAUGACUAUUAAAAUGUAAUACAUUACCUAAGUAUAUUAAGACAUCUGGUUUCUAUUUAAAAAUAAAUAAACU